CACAAUCGAACUGUAUCCGGUUCUAGCCACCCACCUUACGUUUAUUCUAUGAUAUUCUCUCCUGGGCACGUGAUGGCACACAAGUCUUCUGGCGGCCGCCAAGCUUCUGCUCGCGGGAAAACUUGCUGGCAACGCAUACUCGUCGCCCAACCGCCUAUUUCUCGGAUAGGCUAGUGGCAUGAAUGGGAAAGCGCCGAUCAGAGCAAUGCGAACUCCGCCGCCGCAGCCUUUGCACUCCGUCAAGGCUCGGGGCAGCACUGCGAUCGUUCCCUCGUGCUACCCUGGUAACAUGAUCAAGACGCCAUUCCUACAAGGCUAGCACGUCAAUACUCACUUUUCUGCCUUCAAGCAGCACCACGCACGAACUUGAUAGGACGAGUCGGUGGGUAAUCGGACCCGGAUCACGCAGGAUGGGUUUCAACCGGACUAGCCCGCUCAAUUCUAUUUCCACAUGGCAAGUCUGGCCCGACGAAGGCCCAGGCAAGUUCCAAUAUCUUGACAUGGAAAGUUCCACAUGGCAGAUCAGUGUUCCCGUACGUCCCGAAUCGAACUCAGAGCGGAGCGGCGUAGGUGGAAAGUGUACGAUGGCAACGGCGUAGUCUGGCUUACCAGGGACUGUUGGCAGGACAUGGAGGAGACGAAUGCUAGAUGGUUACGAAGCGAUGGGUUUGCGCCUUGAACUCUAAGUUGGGUGGAAGUCCGUGUAAUUUGGAGGGGCGACAGCCGGAGUGUAAGUCGGCGAAGGGAAGGUCGUAUGCUCGAAGAGACGCUGUAGCUGCAACUCUGUCAAAUGUGACGCAAGCAUACGUGUAGAGCAGAC